GCAGCCACAGGAACGAUGCAGAAGCACAACCAGAAGGAGCACCUCUACAAGCUGCUGGUGAUCGGGGACCUGGGAGUGGGCAAAACCAGCAUCAUCAAGCGUUAUGUUCACCAGAACUUCUCCCCACACUACCGGGCCACCAUCGGGGUGGACUUUGCUCUGAAGGUGCUGAACUGGGAUGCUGAGACCGUGGUACGGCUGCAGCUCUGGGAUAUUGCGGGACAGGAAAGAUUUGGAAACAUGACCAGGGUGUAUUACAGAGAGGCUAUGGGGGCAUUUAUUGUCUUUGAUGUUACAAGACCUGCGACGUUUGAAGCAGUGACAAAAUGGAAAGAGGAUUUGGACUCUAAGCUGAUUCUUCCAAAUGGCAAACCUGUGCCAGCAGUCCUAUUAGCAAACAAGUGUGACCAGGGAAUAGAUGUUCUCAUGAACAACGGCAUCAAGAUGGAUCAGUUCUGCAAAGAGAACGGGUUCGUGGGCUGGUUUGAAACAUCAGCCAAGGAAAAUAUAAACAUCAGUGAAGCUUCCAGAUGCUUGGUGAAACACAUAAUUGCUAGUGAGAGUGAUCCAGUUCAGUCUGUUGAACCAGAUAUUAUAAAACCACACUUGAAUUCCUCCAAGAUUGUCAGUUGUUCAGCUUGCUUUAAAUCCUAAGAGACUUCCAGACAAGAGCUGAACAACUAUGAUUCACACUUUAUACUUUAUUCAACAAAACCAGCCUUCCCACAUUGUCCUUAAGCAGAUUGUCAUUUUCUCAAAAAUAUAUUUAAAUUUUUCCUUUUUUUUUUUCCAGCUCAAAUUUAUUAUGAAGUGUUCGUUGAUAGCAACUCUUCAAAACUCUCUUUGGCUAUUGGUCAAAUAAGACUCAUGGUGAUGGCUGUGUUUUCCUGUAUGGGUGGCACCAGUGAUACCAAAUCCUAUUUCUUUGCCAUGUGGUUUCUGAAAAUUUGUAUUUGUGAUGUGACUGUGACAGCACCCUACUUGUCUGUUGAUUUUCAGGGUGUUUUCUCGAUACCUUGACCAGGCAAAUGUCAUCAUUUCACUCUUUGUCACCCCUCAAACUUGAAAGAUCUUGUUCCAUAGGAGGAAGGUGAUUAUGAAAAUGAAAAUGGAGCUGUUCAGGAAGAGACACCAGUCAAACAUUCUCAUCGUAAGUUCAGUCCCCUGGAUGUAGUGACAGGACUGAACAUGAAGGAACAUUUCACAUCAUUCAUUUCUGCAGAAGAUCUGAGCUUCUGAGACUAAUGAAGAAUUGGUUCCUGCUUUCUCAGGAGUUGCAUUCUCAGAGUUGAUAGCAUGAUCUUAAAUGAAGCAAAAUGGAACAAGGCAGGGGUGAGGGGUGACAAAACAGGCAAUCAGAGGUACAGUCUCCUGGGUGAAGGGUUUUCAGAAAGGGUUGUCUGUUCUAUAAAGCCGGCACUUCCUCUGGAAAGCCCACACUGAUUUUUUUCCCUGCCUCUCAUCCCUCAUGCCACAGAUAUCCCCAUGUGUUUAAACUGUGCUUAUUCUGUAAGUCCUGACAUGCAUCCCUUCCUUAUGUCUAUGCUCAUGGGAAAAUUCACUAUCCACACUGUAACAUAACAGCAGGAUUUUUCAGGGAUCCAUCUGUGUUGAGUAGGACAGUAUUUACCUUCUGAAAACAUUCUUAAAAAAUGUAUGUGGAUGAUCACUGGAGGCAAGCAAAAUGGA